GAGACCGGACAGAAGCGGCAGCCACAGCACACCUCGAUCAACACAAGCUUUCCUGCCCCUGCGACCAUUGCACGGGAACUGUUUUUCGAAAAUUCGAACGUUUUGAAAUCUCCGGGGAAAAAGAAUAAAAACUGUAAGCGCGCGCGCGCGCGCCGGUGUUAAACGAUUAUUUUUAAAAUUAGAAUAAAAUAAAAAAAAACAAAAGAACUCAAGCAGGAAAAGAAAACGCUUUCUUUUUUUCUUUUCUUUCUUCACCCGUGCGCGUGUAUUUAUUUCUCGCCAGAGAGACGUUUGAAGAGGCAGCUGAGUUUCAAGGUCGACGGUUCGUGCAGAUACAGGAAGUGGAAAGGCGGGCGGGUCGAGAUGGCGACGUUGCCAUGUCUCUUGCCGCUGGUGUUCCUCGUGGCGGCGGUGGGGGCGCAGGACGGCAACAGCGCUUGCUACGCGCGCAACGACAACCCCUACCUGCGCUUCGGCACCAAGACCGCCUACGAGUUCGUCUACCACGACCGCCGGAAGCCGGAGAACAUCCCCAACUGCCAGCCGGCCCAGGUGUGGAUGCUCUCGCGCCAUGGCACCCGGUACCCCAAGAGACCGGAGAUACAGAACCUCACCGAUGUCGCCCAGCUCCGAGACCAGAUCCUGCGGAAUGCGCAGGAGAGCGGUGGGCGCCACCUGUGCUGGGAGGACCUGGAGGCCUUGAGGCGCUGGAACUUCACGGUGCGCAUGGACCAGGAGUCGCUGCUGACCUUGCAGGGUCGCGACGACAUGAAGUUCCUCGCCAUGCGCUUCAAGACGCGCUACCCGGGCCUGCUCGAGCGGCCCUACAGCGUCGGCAUGUACGAGUUCCGGUACACGGUGAAGGAGCGCACCAAGCAGAGCGCCGAGGUGUUCUCUCGAGCGAUGUUUGGCCACAGCAGCAUCCACUUCAUGGAGCCGACGGAGAACGACACUCUCCUCCGGCCGUAUCAUGUGUGUGAUACCUGGAGGAAACAGGUGGACGAGAAUCCAGAAACCUACAAGGAGAUGCAUCUGUUCGAAGAAGGUCCGGAAAUGCAGAACCUCAUUCAGAAUGUUAGCAGCAGGCUGGGUUUCCGCUACAAGCUGAACAUACACCAAAUCAACAUGAUGUACGACAUGUGCCGCUACGACAAAGCGUGGCAGGUGAAGCAGCUCUCCCCGUGGUGUGCCGUCUUCUCUUCCAAGGAACUGCAGCUGCUGGAGUUCCGGGAGGACCUGGAGUACUACUACUACUCGGGCUACGGCAACCACCUCAACGUGAAGCUCGGCUGCCCGGUGGUCCACGACAUGCUCGAGCACUUCAGGAAGGUGGAAGAGGCGGGCGACGGCGGACCCCAGCAGCCCCUAGGGGUGUUCUACUUCGCGCACUCGGCCACGCUGCAGAUGGCGCUGUCGCAGCUCGGCAUCGCACGGGACCCGCAGCCCCUGACGCACGCCAGCUUCCAGUCGGCCGCGCACAGGCGGUGGAAGACCUCCGAGCUGUCUCCCUUCGCGGCCAACCUCGCGGCCGUGCUCUACAGGUGCACGGACGGGGAGCGGCACCGCGUGAUGUUCUACGUGUCGGAGAAGCUGGUCGACUACGAGGGCUGCGACGUGGGGCUGUGCUCGUGGCGCUACCUCGCGGGCCGGCUGGGCCACGUGGCCUCGGGUUGCGACCUGCAGUUCUGCCGCGACGGCAGCGGGGCCCCGGGGGCGAGCCGCCUCGCGGCGCCGGCCCUGGCGGUGGCCGCCUGGGCGCUGGCCCUCCGGCUCCUGUGAGGCGGGAGAGUGCCCCGCGCCGAACCCACGACGGACACAGUCUGGCCGUCCUCCGCCCAACUCGUCCGGAACAGCAGCUAAACCCUACCUACCUGUCUCUCCUUCGUUCACCUCCGAUCAUCCUAUCUGUCUCUCCUUCAUUCACGUCCGCCCACCUCAUUCGAAACAGCAGCUAAACUCUAUCCCGUUCACCUCUGAUCAUCAAGGACCUUCUGUAGGCUAAACUCUUUAUGGGGUAAGACUAAGAAACUGGGAGAAGUCAUUUUGGAUUGAAUAGAUUUUUAACACAUAUAUGGAAAUUUAGUUAAAAGUACUAUAUCAACAAACCUACUAUUACAGAUACUUUUCCCUGUGAGAUUAUUGAAUAAACUAUUUUUAGGAUUUCCUAAAACUAUAAUAUUAACAACUCUUUCGCAAUCUUGGAGGAGGAUUGGCAGAUAUCACACAUGAAAAGAUUUAUAACAAAGAAAACCUUAAACAGUGCAUAUCGACAGCAUUAAAACUAGCAAUCGUUCCCCCCAACAAAUUAAUUAAAUACUCAACGCAGAUGACUUUAGAGGGAAAACUGUCUGUUAGUCAGUCACUGCUAACUUCGUACAUUCCAAUCAACUAUAUACUAUGCAUUAAAGAAGACAAAUUAUGAAAAUUAAACAACAGAAAAUAGUUGUGGCCUAAAAACUAUUGAAACUAUGAAGGUAUCUCUUGGUUCUUAUCCCUCCCCUUUAACAAAGGCAAAUAAUUAGUAAUAAACUACGUAGAUCUGAUAUAGCUUGUUUCUGUCAUUAUUGCUCCCCUUUUAAUAACUAGGCCAGUGGUUCCCAAACUUUUUCACCCGGCGACCCACCUUUCCUUACAGGAAUACCUCCACGGUCUAUCGGUCCAUGGUGGAGUAAAAAACCUUAUUUGUAUUGUAUCCCUUCCUUAUGUAUAUAUAAUUUACCAUCAAAUAUUGCAAAUAUAUAUACAUACACAUAUAUAUGGUUUUUUUAAGAUAUUGGUUGAUUAUUGAUAAACAAUUUUGUGUUCUGAUUUGAAAAUGGUUGACAAAAUAUAAGCACUUUGUAGCAAAACAGUUAUUUAUUUAACAGUAGAUACGUGUUUGCACACAAUUCGAUGUUGUUUCGAUUUUUUUUAUCUUUUCUGAUGGUUUAUUCGAUGGUUUCUGACAGUUUUAGGAUCGAGUCGCGACCCACCUGUAACCCUUCCGCGACCCACCGGUGGGUCGCGACCCACCGUUUGGGAACCGUUGAACCCAAUUAUUCAGAGUCCAAUCUCGAACAACAGAUCAACUGAUGUUGGUUUGUAACAGCGGGAUCACGUAGCCCGUAACCUCCGUCCGUACAUCAUCCGUCCGACAGUCAUGUGACCUGCAGCCAAUCUGAUGGUCCGAAAAAUUCUGUCCGUCCGUCCGUCAAAAGAUUGGCAAGCUCUGACUUGACGGACGGAUUAUUUCCAUGUUUUUGGCCGCGGCAGUCAGUUGCUACCAGACAGAAUACAUGCCCGUUGGUGUUUGCACAGGUCUUUCAGAUUUUUUUGUAUAACAACAGUGUGGUUUUUAAAACUCGUGUUCAAACAAUUUUAAUCACGUCUCUGAAUUUUUUCUGGGGUAGCAUUAACACAGUAUGUACGUAAAAAACCACAUAAACAGUGAAUAAAAAAUCUAUAUAAAUCUCCCGAGAGAGAGGAAAAACAUGGAUUGCUGGUAGAACUUACUUAAUAAAAUAUUUUGAUGGACGGAUGAAGUCCAGUUGUAAAUCAGUUGGCUGGCUGUGUGGCAUUGAUGGACGGACGGUUAAGGUACGGAGGUGACAGGCUGUUGUUAUUUUGCCUUUUUUUGUUUUAAACCACCGUGAGACAUGUCCUAACAACUUUGUUCCGAUUGAAAAUGUUGGAGAAACCCUGGACGUAUAUUAGUCAAAGAAGUCUGUGUCUGUUGAACAUUUGAAGUCACUAUGGGUUGAACAUGGUUAUAUGAAGGCGAACGCUAGAAGUUACUUUAAUGGCUUGAAAGGAACUCGAUCUGUACAAAAAAUUAUCAAGGUAUCUUUAAACCUCAUUAUAUACAAUGCUAUCCGAAAAAGAGAAAUGGGUAAAGGUAUGGGUCUCAUUUCGACUUCAAUUACUAGCAUGGAAAUUAUUGCAUACACCAACACUAACGGCAUAGGAGUAUCCUUGGAUUUAAUCGUGUUGUAAAAAGAAUCUGCGAAAUUUAAGAUCUUCACUUGUCAUGUGGUAAUCAAUUUUUUUUUUCAGAUCUAUGAUGUUAGUUUGAGUGUGGUCAGCAACUUUCCAGCAAUACAUCAAAAGGAAAGGCAUUUAGAUGAAAUCUUUUAUUAUUAUUUGAGAAUAAAUUCUUCUGAGAGCUAUUUUUUUUUAUAACUUUGUAAUGCCUAAUUGUUUUUACUGCUUUGUGCCCUUGAAAAAUUACAGAAACAUUUUGGGAGUGUAAAAUCAAUUUUUUGUUUUAGUACAAAAUUUAUAAUAUCAUAGAGAUUCUUAUGAUUAUGAAAAAAUUCUCACAGCUCCUCCUAACUUUUAUCUCACAAAAUCAAAGCAUACACAUAUAAGGAUAUAUAUACUAAAAAUUUCCAUGAUUGGGUGAAGACAUGCAUUAACUACAUAUUUUAUUGUUUUGCCACUAGAUAAUGGUUAUCUGUUUAGAAUGCUCUUUUAUACACAUACUGGUAGUCACUGAUUAUUGUUCACAGUUUAAAAUGUAGUAUGCAUUUAAUGGCAAAUUAUUAACAUGGAUUUACAUUUUAUCAAGGCAAUUUUAUAUUACCAUUUCACAAAUCCUUCUGGUACAAAUAAACAUAGUAUUUGUAAAUAUAAUGCAAUAAAUGUUACUAUUUAAAUAAAUACCAUAAAAUCUCUGCAUUAUUUUUGUGUCCUUACUAAAAGAAAGUUUUGUUUUAUACUAGCCGAUAACAUAAAACCUUUUGUAUAAUUGUGUAGUGUCAUGGGUAUGUGUUUAAUGUUAGGCAGUGCAUAUAGUAUGUAUUUGUAAAUGUUAUGUAAGAUCAAUUUUUUUUAGUACUGUAGGAAGUGUACAUUAUAUUUCUGAUGGCUAAAUGUACAUUAUGUAGAUAGUGAAAAUAUUAUGAAAUAUAUUACACUAACAAAUUACUACAAACUAUAGUUAAUUUGCAUUUACGUAAAGUGAUUUUUUUUUGUAACUGUUAAUAGAUCAUUGUGUAGUUACAAGGGCCAUUAUCUACACAAUUUCUUACUACCUACUGACUUGACAAACUACAUUUACAAAAUAUACACGGAAAAAAAAUUAUUUUUGUAACACAUAAUAUUGUUUAGCAUAGAAAAAUAAUUGUUUAUGUGCAAGCUGUUUUUUUGUCUAAUUAUGUAAUUUUCAAUAAAAGGAAAAAAAGAGACAACACAUAUUUUGUAGAAUGUAACCAUACCAGUAUUUUAUAAACUGCCAUUUAACAUCAUGUACAUCUUUCUUAAGCAUGUAAAAGAAAUUAAAUUUGUUUCUCUUGUGUCUAGAACAGCGCUUUUAAAAAGGUGUUCUGCGGAACCCUGGGGUCACUUGGCAGGGUCACAGGGGUUCCAUGAGUCGGGAAGUUUGUCGUACGAAGCAGGCACAGUUACUUUCGAACAACUUUCUUCGCAGGAGUUGGGGUUCUGUCGAAAGAAAAGUCGAUCAUGGGGGGUUCCCCGGCCGGAAAAAAAAAUUGGGAACUGCUGGUCUAGAAGAUGAAAUUUUCAAGUUUUAUCAGAAUGUGUGUACCUGUUUUCUGUUUUAUGAGACACUUACAAGUCCGGAGGGUUACACUCGUUGCGAUAAGUGCCGAACGGGCCCCACCGUAUGUCAAGGGAACACAGACCCGGCAGAGAUUCCUCUCAGGGUGUGAUGUUGACUUGUGUGUGGAACGAGAUUCGGAGCCUCCUCAUACACUUACCAACAACACCAAGGCCUGGCCCACUCAGCAUCGGGCAACACCCGGUACCUGCAACUGGGUCGGCGCGUGGCCAGAAAGCAACACGGUUUCCCAUUCAACGUCUUCAUUCGCGUCGACAGUCACCACACGCCCUCGUACAAUUCUUGAUUAAAACUUUUACAAUGCUUACGAAUUGAUUCAGGUGCUGCGUGAGCCAGCCGCGUUGCGUGACAAAGAUUCAGCGUGAUCUGAUUUCAAAGUUCCGUUAAGGAGUAAAUAAUAACUAUUCAGACAGGUACAGUCCGAGGCAGGCCCUAAGGACAUUAAGAAAAAAGAUUUGGAUUAAUUGAAACAGAAAACCGAAUUACUUAAGUCAGUGACGGCAACGGAUAAAUUCCCCAGAAUUGUGGCACACUUUGUGAACACACAUGCACGCUUACCUACAAAUGUCGGAAAAGAUGUGGUGGGGAAGGGAGCAGAAUCUUACUAGGCUCAUGGGAUGAAGCCCCGAUCGAUGUCAAAACUGCCUGAAGAGGUUUAAAACCACUACUAAGCUUAUUUGACUGUUCAUAUAAUUGAUGGUACAUGUGUCACUAUUGCACACCAAUGUCCCCACACCCAGGAGCACUUGUGCAACUGUUGCAAUGAGUCAGAUCAAAGAGUAAAGAAGGGUGAGAAAGAUUUGAUUAGUUUGAGUCUCAUAUAGACCUUUGUAGCCACACAGUCACAAAGAGCAGUUUUCGAGGUUAUCUCAUUUGCGCUCCAUAAACUAUAAUAUGGUCUCUUUUUUCUACCAGUUAGAAUUUUAAAAGUAUCCCUCCCUUUUCUUUAUAAAAUUUUCAGGUUGACCCUUAUGUACCCUCAUCUUUCUGUUGUCGAGCCGAUUCUUAUCAUGUUAAACGUUGAAACGCCAUGCAAAACUUCAUAAUUAUUGUCUAGUACAGCUCAAAAAUUACAUUUAGUGAAUGCACGAGAGCUGUCGAAAUCAAUUUAGAGGUAAAUUUAUUAAAUCAUUUAGUAAUGCAAAGAAAAUUAAGUAACCAAAGAGGUGCCUCGAACUAAAUGUAAAAAAAGGAGGUUGUCUGUAAAGUCGGUUUACGGACGAUAAUUUUACGUAAUAACGUCAUAAGAAAACAUUUAUGAAAAAUUGCAUAUGUUUAAAUUUUCAAAUAUUAUUUACAUUUUUUGCAAAUUUAAUUUAAAUAAGUUGUUUAAAUACAAUCACAAACUUUUAGUUAUAGAAAUAAACUGAAAUCAAAUCAAUGUCAAUAAAUUGUUAAUUUGAAAUGACGAAAUUGGACAAAUAAAUAAAAAUUUUUAAAUUGCUGCUUUUAAAAAGCCUGCCUUAACCUGUUUGAUAUUAUAGAAAAUUUUCUCGCACGGUGGUUAGCCGGUUUUUGCACGAACGGCUCAGGCGGAACGUGACAAUGAGUCAUUCUUUUUUGUGCAUGCAGCCGGCGUUCAUCGAUUUGACGUUAUCACGUCAAAAAAAAAAACUUUUGCCAUCUCCAUCCUGCCUAAAAUCAUUGAACCUAGAAUUGUUGACCCUAUGGAAGCAAUUAAAAACAGACAACCAGAAGGCCAGAAGAAUAGGUCCAGUCAGUCAGAAGUGCUUGUGACAGUCACAGCAGCUGGUAACCAGGUAACAGAGGUUCUAGAUGCUUGAACAUUGCCACAAAGCAGAGACGGCCUGGACGCCUAGCGCGGCCCUGUGGUAAAUCAACAGUCCCCCCCUUCCAUUCAAACAGGUGCAUGCCACGGUGUCUCGCUCGUCUUGAAUGCGGUGGGUGUCAACGCCUGCAGCUUGUCAAUCAACCCAAUGCUUGCAUAAUGACCGACAUCACGUGCGUCCCCACGCCUGACCUGUUGCAUGCACAGGGACCCAACCAGGGGGUAAGGUCCGUGGGAUCCGGACCCUCUCUUCCAGGAUUUAAAAGAAGGAAAAGAAAAACCCACAAGUGAAAACAGAAUAAGGAACGUAUAGCAACUAAGCUACAUAAGGUUACAGUGAGAUUAUUGUGGAAGGAUAAUUUAUUGUAAGCUAGGUAGGCUGCAAUUCUGUGAAUUCUCCCCACUACAGACCGACAUACCUUACACGCAGAAGCGGCAGAAACCAUUUUUAAAUUUGGUCUGUAUUUAAUGCUGGUUUGCACGUGUUUUACUAUAAGCAUCACUCAAAAAACUUGACAAGUGUGUUUCAUGUAUUUAAUAACAUUAAUGUAGAUGUACUAAUGCCUUGUUUCAAAGUAAUAAUCAAACCAUUUUCUUGAGGACAAAGUUUUUCAAUCAUUAAAUAAAACC